AUGGCUGCGCCUGCCCGCCGUCUGUGCCACAUCGCCUUCCACGUGCCCAUGGGGCAGACUCUCGCCGUGGACCUGCAGCGUCUCUUUGGCUUCCAGCCCCUGGCGGCGCGGGAGGCAGACGGCUGGCGGCAGCUGGCCCUGCACAGUGGCGAUGCUGUCUUUUUGGUAAACGAGGGCACGGGACCUGGGGAGCCUCUGUACAGCCUUGACCCGCAGCACAUGGUGCCCAGCGCCACGAACCUGUGCUUUGACGUAGCGGACGCAGGUGCAGCCGCCCGAGCGCUGGCUGCUGGGGGCUGCCGCGUGCCGGUGCCUCCUGUCAGUGUGCAAGAUGCACAGGGCGCAGCCACCUACGCUGUGGUUAGUUCGCCUGCCGGCAAUCUCAGCCUGACCUUGCUGGAGCGUGCAGGAUACCGGGGGAUCUUCCUCCCCGGCUUUGAGCCCGUGCCCUCCGCUCCGGGCCCCGGCUGGAUCAGCCACGUGGACCAUCUGACCUUGGCCUGCACCCCUGGCAGCUCCCCCACACUCUCGCGCUGGUUCCACGACUGCCUGGGGUUUUGCCACUUGCCGCUGAGCCCAGGUGAGGAUCCGGAGCUGGGCCUCGAGGUGGCAGCAGGGUCUGGGCGUGGGGGGUUGCGGCUCACUGCCCUGCAGACCCCAGCAGACAAUGUUGUUCCCACCCUGGUGCUGGCUGAGUCCUUGAGGGGGGCCACCCAAGGACAGGACCAGGUGGAGCAGUUCCUGGCCCGGCACAGGGGGCCAGGCCUGCAGCAUGUGGGGCUAUAUACACCCAACAUCAUGGAGGCCACUGAGGGCGUGGCGCGGGCCGGGGGCCAGCUCCUAUCUCCUCCUAAGGCCUACUACCAGCAGCCAGGCAAAGAGAGACAGAUCCGAGCUGCAGGGCACGAGCCUAGCCUUCUGGCCCAACAGGGAAUCCUGCUAGAUGGUGAUAAAGGCAAGUUCCUGCUUCAGGUCUUCACCAAGUCCCUCUUUGCUGAGGACACCUUCUUCCUGGAGCUGAUUCAGAGACAGGGUGCCACAGGUUUUGGCCAAGGCAACAUUAGGGCCCUCUGGCAGUCUGUGCAGGAGCAAGCUGCCAGAAACCAGGAAGCUUGA